CGCGACCCCGCCGCCGUUAUGAACAUCCGCAAUGCGAGGCCAGAGGACCUGAUGAACAUGCAACACUGCAAUCUCCUCUGCCUGCCCGAGAACUACCAGAUGAAAUACUACUUCUACCACGGCCUGUCUUGGCCCCAGCUCUCCUACAUUGCUGAGGAUGAGAAUGGGAAGAUUGUGGGGUACGUCCUGGCCAAAAUGGAAGAGGACCCAGAUGACGUGCCUCACGGACAUAUCACCUCGCUGGCUGUGAAGCGUUCCCACCGGCGCCUUGGCCUGGCUCAGAAGCUGAUGGACCAGGCCUCUCGAGCUAUGAUAGAGAACUUCAAUGCCAAAUAUGUCUCCUUGCAUGUCAGGAAGAGUAACCGGGCUGCCCUGCAUCUCUAUUCCAACACCCUCAACUUUCAGAUCAGCGAAGUGGAGCCCAAAUACUAUGCAGAUGGGGAAGAUGCAUACGCCAUGAAGCGGGAUCUCACCCAGAUGGCUGACGAGCUGAGAAGGCACUUGGAGCUAAAGGAAAAGGGCAGGCACGUGGUGCUGGGUGCCAUUGAGAACAAGGUGGAGAACAAAGGCAAUUCACUUCCAAGCUCUGGAGAGGCCUGUCGUGAGGAGAAGGGCCUGGCUGCUGAGGAUAGUGGUGGGGACAGCAAGGACCUCAGCGAGGUCAGCGAGACCACGGAGAGCACAGACGUCAAGGACAGCUCAGAAGCCUCUGACUCUGCAUCCUAGAGCCUGCUGCAUCCCAUCCUCACCCCAUGAGCUUUCAUAAUAAAUUUCACCAUGUGCCCCUGGGAAA